AGGAAAAAUCCAAAAUGUCGGCGUUCUUCUAUACAUAUCAUCGAAAGCUCCACUGUUUAAAUGUAGAUGACUACGUGGUGGAAAAUGGAAAACAGCUGAAAAAGAUCGCAUCAGAUCUUUGUGGGGUAAGUUUUGAUACAAAGGCAGGGAUAGCUUUAUCUUAUGAAAGCAUAACGUGUUCGUGGUGGAAGUUUAAGAAUAACGAUUAACAUACCCACGUAAGGUUCUACUGCGAAAACAAAUUUUUCCACGGAUCGAACAUGGGUUGGACAAGCGAUUUUUAAAUCACAUAUAGAUUGGCCUUAAUAGAUACUGAUAUUUACUGUCAGGGUAUACCAGAACAAGCCUUGUCUGUGAUCCAUAAUGGCCGUCUUGUCACUGAUGACAGAGAACUGCUACUUCAAGAUGGAGACGUGUGCUAUGCUAGUCUGCUUCUACCGGGUGGAAAGGGAGGGUUUGGUUCCAUGUUACGCGCCAUCGGAGCACAGAUUGAGAAGACCACAAAUAGAGAAGCAUGCCGAGAUCUGAGUGGAAGACGAAUGAGAGACAUAAAUGACGAAAAAAAGUAAGUGGAAAUUUUCUGACAGACAAAGCUUGAUCAUGUCCAUCCUUUUAUCUCCUAUAUGACUGACUCACUCAGUUAUACAAUUCUAGUAUGUGUUCAGCACGAGUUUCCAUAACUUUGUCCAUUAGUGGCUGCCAAUGGUUGAAUGUGUUCUGUGCCUGAAAAGAGACGGUAAGGUGAAAGCCAAACACGAUAACCAGCUCAUAUGCUAAACAGACUGUGGUGAGAGUUCUUAUAGAUAGCAAUAGACUGCUGGAAACCUCUUUUAUGGAAACCCCAUUGUGUUAAGCCAAGAAAGGCAGAAGGGAAGGGAGCAGUGAGUGGAGGUGGAAGAAGUUCACUGUCAUAUUGACUAAACUGGUGUGUACUGUGUGAUAUGGUAUGGUUUUUAUGAUCCUCAGUCUGAGACAUGAAGAUUUACCACUAAGUGUCUUGAAGAAGGGAUCUCUCUGUGCUAGAAGCUUCUAAUAUCUAAGUAUCAAUACUCUGGAUUGUCUGUGAUGAAUUUUUAUAUUGAUUUUAGCUCUAAGAAGUUGGUGCUGAUUCAACUGGUAUCCAGCUUUUGAUAUUUGACUUUCUUCUCAUCACUAUUAUACUUGAUAAAAUAAUUAUAUUGGUCACUCCUAGGAGUGAAAGUGGUGGGGUGUAGUUCAAUAAACCCUUUAAUUCCCAUGAGUGACCAAGACAGAAUUUCUCCUUACAAUAUCUAUACAAUAUCAACCAGGUAAAGUGUUGAGAAUAAAGAAAAAUAUCAAUUUGGAGAGAAUGAGUUGAUCUAAUACUAAAUUCUCUGAACUACCAUAACAAGUAUUGCAUGGUUGACAGUAAGGGGAAUUCCAAAUUUGAUCUGAGAGUUAAAGGGUUAAUAAAUUUUUCAUCUGUGUUUCACAAAAAUGUCACCUUUAUGAACCAGGUCCAUGGUUAUAAAGCUCUGUAUUUUGCACAUAAUUUUGAUGAACUUUUAAUCUCUUGUUAUCUUCAAGGAUUGCUGAAUGGGUUUCUAAACAAGCUGAAAGAGAGCGAGAGAAGGAACAGAAGAAACAGGAGAGGUUAGCAAGAAGAAGAUCAAUGCCAAAACACAUGUUUGAUGAUAAGACAUACACACAGAAUAUUCAGCAAAAUUCAGAGAGAAUAGAAGCUGCACUGCAUCAAGGUGAACUACUUGCCUGAAAUUUUCAGGAACCGUCAAGAAAAUGCUGUUUCAAGAUGUACCUAUACUUAAAAAGCCAAACUUCUAUUUUUUUAUUACCUAUUUCUCUUUAUUUUGGAUCCGUCCCAGUUGUGUCCAUCCUCCCAUUUUGUUCCAUCUCUUUUUUACUCCCUGUAAAGCUUCCCUUCCACUUUAAACUGAAUGUUUUCUGGUUUUUUUUUAUUACUCAUGUCUUUCACUAUUUUCUCGAAUUCUAUGUUGACAUCCAUACUUAAAUUGAUAAAUUUAGAAAAUUACAAUCUUUUUACUUUCAUUCAUUUUUUUUUUUUUCACAUGUAAUUUUAUUUCAGUUGUAAUAUGUAACACCUAAUUGGCUUAUCUAUUACCUAUAAAACUGUUUUUCAUUGUUUCAGUAUAUGCAUGCUGUCCUACUCAUUUCCUCUGUUCAGUCAAACUUGUUAUUAAAGAAUUUAUUUUGAUGUUUGUUUCUCUCCGGCCUCAAUUAGCUUCACUAUUUUGUGGGAAGCAAUUGUGAGAUAUGUAUUUUAAUUGCUAAAAUAAAUAAAUUUUUGUUUGUUUGUUUCAGGGCUUAAAGCAGCUGGCAGUUCAAGAUCAUCAGGUGCUUCAAGCACUUCAGAGAAGGCAGCUGGAAAAAGAGUUCAUCCAGGGGAUCCUACAAUUUCAGGAGGAGGGAAAAAAAGUAGAUUGUGGUAAACAGUCCCUCCUUAUGCUCUCCGAGGUUUAAAUUUUUGUCCUUUCCAUCGAAAUCCAAGUGAUUACAUGAAGGAGUUCAGAGGAAAAGAAGAGUCUAUUAAUGUUUUGUGAACUGUUUAAUAUGCAGUUGACCUGAAAUUUACUAAAAACCACUGUUGUCUGUCUGUCUGUAUAAGAGCUUUGUUACCCUGGAAUCAGAAAAGAUGUUUCCAAAAGCAUUUUUUCUUGUUUUUAACAUGAACAUGCUACAUUAUGUUCAAGUUUCGUGAUUUGAAUAAAAAAGUUUCUUUUGGUUUAAGAAGAAAAUUGCCUUUUAGAACUACUCUUUGACAGUUUUUCACAAGGUAUACUGGUAUGUAUUUCUUAGUAAGGGCAUCAAGGUUUGGUUAGGCAAAAAAUAAUUUCAGUUUGCUUUCAGGCUGGGAAUGGAAGACCUGUCAGACAGUGGUGAUGAUGAAGAAGGGAUGGCUCCUGUCAGAAGCAACGAUAAUGAAGAUCCAAGCAGGCACACAUGCACUUCAACUGGUGUGUCUUGUAGCAGCACUCAAGUAGAGGUUGCAGUCCCUGAAGAGGCUUCAGACAACAGACAUUGUGUAGACACAGAUUGUAAGAUAGCAAAGCCACCUGCACAGCCAUCAGAAACAAAUGCUGAGUCACAGAAAGAAGACACAAAGACAGAGCAUAUUAGAGCAGCUGUCGCUGAUACAAAAGAUCAGAGAGAAGAUUUUCAGGAAAAAGAUGGAAUGACAGAAACAGUUACCAGAGGAGAAGACAAUAAAGCUACUGAAGAAGAGACCAUUAGAAAGGUUGGGAUUUUAAAUAUUAAAUCAAGGUUAUCCAAUUGUCUGUACUUAGAUAUGACAUCCAAAUUUUCACACCAGUUUCUAAUAGGGGGAGUUUAUUUUACAGAAAAUUAGGGAUAAAAGCUCAGGGCCUGCUACCUUAGAGUGGUUUUCACUCAAAGUAGGCUGUAAUAAUUGUGGUAUAAAAUUUAAGUUAUUAAUUUGUGAUUGGCAUCCUGUUCAAAGUUACUCUUCUGAGUAGUGAAUAUUUGAAUCACCCUGAUAUUUAUGCUGAUUUAUUUAUUACACUAAACUCACCAAUUGAUUUUAUUAUUACAAGCUCAGCUAUGCUAGGAGGGCAGAAGAAGCAAACCCUCUCUUCUGGUUGGUUACUGAAGUCCAUCUUGCCACUUGAGAUUUCCCAAUUUGAACACCCCCUCCCCUCCCUCCUUCAUAAAAAAUUGCUCUUACAUUAACCCUCUACACCCUAACAUCAAUAUUCAUAUUUUCCACUCUGUUCUCUAUACAUUUCCUAAGGUGCUGACAAGGAGAAUUUGUCUAACAAUCAAGAGUUUCUAGAGUUGGUGAUCAUUUCCUUUAUUCUCAUGACAUUAAUGCUAGAUUCAGAGGUGAUAAUGUAAGGAGAAAUUAGAUGCUAGUUAUUCUUAGGGAUUGAAGGGUUAAGUAAUUGAAGUAAGGUUCUUAUUUUGUUUUUUCUUUCUAGGUUGAGUUUUGCCUUGAUAGCUGCUCAUCAGCAGAGGAGCUUGAAUCCCUAGGAUUGGAACAUCUGAAGGAGGAACUAAUGUCAAGGGGGCUCAAGUGUGGAGGGACAUUACAGCAGAGGGCUCAGAGGCUGUUUGCUACAAAAGGAGUCCCCAUGGAUCAACUGGAUCCCUCUUUUUUUGCCAAGUCAACAGGUGGCAAAAAGUCUAAUGGGAAGAAGUAACAUUAAAAGAGAACUGCACCUGGAAUUCUGUUCAUAGUUGUAAUCUUGUCAAGUUCUUAGCAUGGUAUUCUAUCUUGCAGUUGCAAGGCAAAUGUAUAAAAGGUUUAAAAGGUUUAACAGCCAUGAAGAAGUUACUUUACGUUUUGCAACAGAACAAAUUUAUUUCAAAAUGUAUUUAACUUUUACAAUACUUCAGCGUUUUCCUAAUAAUAUUAUGCGUUUGUUACUUGAAUUUUACAUUGUAUUUUCAUUGCUAUUACAUUAAAAAAAUUAAUGAUGCUGUCACUUUUAAGUGCCUUAAACAAACCACUUAAGGGGGCAUGUAAAACCCCAAAUAAACAUGACAAAACAAACAAAAUGUCAUGGAGAAUGAAAGGUUAUAGGGAAGGUACUGUUACUGUAGUUACUUUAGCAUCUGCUUCUUAGCUUUGAGCUAAGGGGUAGUCAGAGAUACAGCUAAUAUUUCCUUCAUUUCCUAACAAAAGAGAGGCUAUUCUCAUGGUAGCAACUUUCUUGGGGUAAGCACUCUUGAGAAGUCACUAUUUGCCAGAUUCCAUUUUAUUCUUUAACUCCUUGACAUGAUUAAUAUGUAACUUCCUCUUGGAUUUUCAUUACACUAAUCCUUCAGACUGGGAAUAAGAACAAAUAAGGUUGUUGGGUGGAGGACAAUGUCUCAUUCUAUUAUGAAAUUCCUUGAUCUUUUAAGCAAGGGAUUGAAUGACAGUUAGAAUGGAAAGUUACUAAUUUGAUCUUGGGAGUUGAAGGUUGAUAGCAUUUUUCUGAUGCUGCACAAAAAUUAAGAAUCUACAAUAGUUUUUUUUCAUUUCAAUUCACUUUUAUUUGGGAAAUAUCUCAAGUUCAAGGUCACUCUCAUAAGCUCAUUUGACUCUUGAUUAUGUAUAAAGAUGUAUUAAAUGUAUAAAUUUUGAGCAAUUUGUAACUUUUUUGUCUGUCAUGUCUAUUGUGGAGACCACACUACAACAAAGUAUCAACUGGAAAACUUGAAGGGUUGAUGUGUAACCAAUUGUUUUCUUGCAUAAAAAGGACUUUCACAGGUUUCUUUUUGUUUACCAUCACAUCUAGAAGAAUGCAGUCUGGUGGUUUUUCUGUGUUUAUGGAAUACGCCAGUUUCCGCUUCUGUUUGGGUUUAGUCAAUUUAACAUAAGUUGUACAGUCCUUUGUAAGAAAAUAGAAAGAAUACAAUAUUCAUUCAAAAGGCCUUUAGGCACACAAAGGAGAUGUUAACCCUUCAACUUCCACAUAAGACCAAGACAGAAUUGUACCUUAAAAUAUCAAUACAAU